UUGAUAGUGUGUUGAGCGACGUCGAGCGGCGCGGAGGCGAGUGGGUGUGUUGGUCAAUAAAAUGAAGGAAAACGAGUGAUUAUUAGAGCGCUUACGUGUGUCAAGGCUGUUUUUAAGAACUGAAGGCCUGACAUAUCAAUAAUCAACGAACACUUGGCGUUUUUCUAUUGGAAUAAGUUGUUGGCUGACUUCUUGGGGUGGAGCCCGACUUCAAGCACGUUACAGCAGGUGACUGUAUUAAAUGAUAUUUUUGCAUCGCUGGGACGGUGAAGGAAGAAUUCUCUUUGUUCGAAUUUGAUAUAUAUUUUUGAAGAUCUCAGAUAUUCUCACUGACAGAUAAGUUCUUACUUGUAAGUUAUCUUUGUCAGUCUAAGAUCAGCUGCACAAGAAGAGAACAUCAACAUGGCUGGAAAUAGUGGAAUGGAAAGCCUGAUUGGCAUUGUAAAUCAGCUACAAGAUGCAUUCUCUCAAAUGGGUGUUAGUAUGCAGCUGGAUUUGCCACAAAUAGCAGUAGUUGGUGGCCAAAGUGCAGGAAAGUCAUCUGUGCUGGAGAACUUUGUUGGUCAAGAUUUUCUCCCUCGUGGCUCAGGCAUUGUGACGAGGCGACCCCUGGUGCUCCAGCUCAUCAACCACCCUGUUGAGUACGGAGAGUUCUUGCAUCUCAAGGGCCAGCAGUUCCCAAAUUUUGAUGAUAUCAGAAGGGAGAUAGAGGCUGAGACAGACCGAGUCACUGGCAGCAACAAGGGAAUCAGUAGUGUCCCUAUCAAUCUGAGAGUGUUCUCACCUCAUGUCCUAAACUUGACGUUGAUAGAUCUGCCAGGCAUGACCAGAGUGCCUGUGGGUGAUCAGCCAAAAGACAUUGAGGAGCAAAUCAGGAACAUGAUCAUGCAGUUCAUCACAAAGCCCAACUGCCUUGUGCUUGCUGUCACCCCAGCCAACCAGGAUCUUGCAAUCAGUGAUGCCCUGAAGCUGGCACGUGAGGUGGACCCAGAUGGAAUGCGGACCAUUGGUGUCAUAACCAAACUUGACCUGAUGGAUGAUGGAACUGAUGCCAAGGAUAUUCUGGAGAACCGGACUCUCCCACUGAGACGAGGGUAUGUUGGUGUGGUAAACCGCAGCCAGAGAGACAUUGAAGGUCGUAAGGACAUCAAGGCAGCCAUUGCAGCAGAGAGAAAGUUCUUCUUGAGCCACCCAGCCUACAGAUCAAUGGCAGAUCGUAUGGGCACUCCCUAUCUGCAGAGAGUGCUGAACCAGCAGCUGUCAAACCACAUCAGAGAGACGCUGCCAUCCCUCAGGGACAAGCUGCAGAAGCAGCUCCUGAGCAUGGAGAAGGAAGUGGAGGAGUACAAGCACUUCCGACCGGACGAUCCCAGCAUCAAGACGAAGGCGAUGCUGCAGAUGAUCCAGCAGCUGCAGGCGGACUUUGACCGCUCCAUCGAAGGCUCCGGAAAAGGCGACGGUCGCAUCAACACGGCUGAGCUGUCGGGCGGCGCCAAGAUCAACCGGCUCUUCCACGAGCGUUUCCCGUUCGAGAUCGUGAAGAUGGAGUUCGACGAGAAAGAGCUGCGCAAGGAGAUCGCCUUCGCGAUCCAGAACAUCCACGGCAUCCGCGUCGGUCUCUUCACGCCCGACAUGGCCUUCGACGCCAUCGUCAAGAAACAGAUCGAGCGGCUGAAGGAGCCCAGCCUCAAGUGCGUCGAUCUGGUGGUGCAGGAGCUCACGAACGUGGUGCGCUCAUGUACAGACAAGAUGGCGCGCUACCCGCGCCUGCGCGAUGAGGCCGAGCGCAUCAUCUGCACCUUCAUUCGCGAGCGAGAGUCUGAGCUGAAGCGGCAGCUGAUCCUGCUCAUAGACUGUGAGCUCGCCUACAUGAACACCAACCACGAGGACUUCAUCGGUUUCGCCAAUGCCCAGUCUCAGACGGAGAAUGCCAACAAGACCGGCCGCAAGCUGGGCAACCAGGUGAUCCGCAAAGGCUGGCUGUGCAUCAGCAACCUGGGCAUCAUGCGCGGCGGCUCGCGCGACUACUGGUUCGUGCUGACGUCCGAGAGCCUCAGCUGGUUCAAGGACGAGGAGGAGCGUGACAAAAAGUACAUGCUGCCGCUGGAUAACCUGAAGCUGCGUGAUGUCGAGGGCGGCUUCAUGUCGCGCCGCUCAGCGUUCGCUCUCUUCUCGCCCGACGGCCGCAACGUCUACAAGGACCACAAGCAGCUAGAGCUGAGCACGGAGACCUCAGAGGAGCUGGACUCGUGGAAGGCGUCGUUCCUGCGCGCUGGCGUCUACCCAGAGAAGGCGUCGGCAGCCAACGGCGAGUCCAGCGGCAGCGAUGACCAGGCCACCUCGCUCGACCCGGCGCUUGAGCGACAAGUGGAGACGAUCCGUAACCUAGUCGACAGCUACAUGCGUAUCGUCACCAAGACGACCCGCGACCUGGUGCCCAAGACCAUCAUGCACAUGAUGAUCAACCAGUGCAAGACGUUCAUCAUGGGCGAGCUGCUGGCGCACCUGUACGCCAGCGGCGACCAGGCCAGCAUGAUGGAGGAGUCGGCGGAGGAGGCUGCCAAACGGGAGGAGAUGCUGCGCAUGUACCACGCCUGCAAGGAGGCGCUGCGCAUCAUCAGCAACGCGCAGCUGGCGUGCUCGGCGGCGCCCGCCUCCGCCGCCGUCAACAUCGACUGGGCCAACUCGACCAGCAGCAGCAGCGGCAGCGGUGGAGGUGGUGUCGGGCCGGCCACGCGGCGCGCGCCACCACCCACGGCCGCGCGGCCGGCCCCGUUGACCGGGCGGCCGGCGCCGGCCAUCCCGUCCCGACCCGGCGGCCGCCAGGGCCUGCCGCCGCCGCUGCAGCCCACCCGCGUCGGAGGACCGCCGCCCAUCCCGGGCCGGCCACGCUAGACGGCGCGCCCGCCCGCCCGGCCGGCUCGCCCGAGACCAGCAGGUAAGGCCGCCGCCCGCGGCCAGUCGUAGAUAGCUCACAGUGCUUACCCGGUAUCUAGACGUUCCCGUGGAUGUCGUGGUGUAGCGCCCGUAUCAGUUGGCUUAUUGGUCGUUAAUGUUGGCCCUCAGUCGUGCAUUACAGUCCGCCAAUGUGUACGUGAAUUGUUAUACAUAUUUGCGUUCCGCGCGCAAACUUAAUGGGCACAGUACCUGUCCCUGCACAUUCUCCGCCUGACUAGCGAGUUAAUGUUAACUGCUGGCUUCUCAGUAAUAUGAUAUAUACAGGGAGUGAUUGUAUGCACCGCACCGUUUCCGUCACCGCAGGGCAUUUAACCCGCCGCGCGCCGCCCCUCUCCUGCGGUGGGGGCGCUCGGUGUCUAUGUCGGCCGCACGCGUCGCCGAUACCCGGGGUCGCCAAUUCCAGUCGAUUGCUGUGUCUGCGGCGCCCGAGCGCGACCUUGAAAGCCAGCAUCGUGAAUCCGAGUAAAGACCUGCUGUCGCUCAGUCUGAGCGAGGCAAUAGAGCCGGUCUGUGGCCUGCAUGCCUGUCGGACACUGCGCGCCAGCCACCGCUUCACGAGGCUUUGUUUCAGCGGCGUACUUUGUGUGUGUGUGCGUGUUACAGCGGCUGGGAGGUUGUUGUGAGACACAAGGGCGUAGUGCGCGGCCACAACGGUAGCGCGGUGGGUGUCUCGGCGUGCCGCGUGCAGCGCUAGCCCAACUGCGCAGCGCUCUGUCUGACGGCACGGAGCGGUCGUCCCUUCGACAGCGGCCGGGCGUGGGCGAUCGACGAAUCGAUACAGUACUUGUGCGGUCGGCUCCCACUGCACCUGAUGCGGCAAUACUAUUCUGAGUGGCGUCCAAAUUUAUCAAUGUAAUCCCGUGUUUGUAUGAUUGUUGAGACGUGUCGGAACUUCUGAAGCUUUGAUGGCUCUCUUUGGUUCGCACAGCAGCCUGUAUUGAGCGUCUAUUUGUCGUGCGCUUAUGAUGUUUUUUGAAGAGCAUGGUGCAGUCUGAUCUGUAGUGAUAUGAGAAGCGCAGAUGGAUGUGUUUCGUGCUGGCUUAGUAUAACUUAUCUCGCCUUGUAUUGACCUUUAUUGAACUUCCGUAAACUAGGAAAUAGGAAUGCAGGCCAGCUUUGUGUAUAUGUGCGUGGGUUUCAUUAUUUUGCAUAGCACUGCAAUGUUGUUCAAACUUCGGCGGCAGCAAACUGAUUUUGUAUAAAGGGCUCAAUUUAGCGCCAACUGGUAUGUUUAUCCGUUACCAAAUUUUGAAGUAAUAGUUUUAUCAAUGUGUUACGUGCUGUUCCUUGUCCGAAUCUUGUGCAUGUAAUAAACUUGCAACGUGAA